AUGGAGUCGUCCAGUCCUACUCCCGUGGUUGCUGCUGGAGAGGAAAAAACUCGGAGUUCUGGGGUCCGCUCCUCAGAGGUGACACCCCAAAAAAUCCGGCAGUUGAUAGAUGAAGGAAUCGCCCCCGAGGAGGGAGGGUCGGACGCGAAGGAUACAUCUGCCUUGUCCCAGCCAAUUAAUGGAUCACCCCAAGCAGAACAACCUCCUUUUGAAUCUACAAGCAAAGAAGCCUUCUUUAGCAGAGUAGAAACAUUUACUUCCUUGAAAUGGGCAGGCAAACCCCAUGACCUAUCUCCCCUGGUCUGUGCAAAGUAUGGUUGGGUCACAGUUGAGUGUGACAUGCUUAGAUGUUCUAGCUGUCAGGCUUUCCUGUGUGCCAGCCUGCAGCCAGCGUUUGACUUUGAGAGGUAUAAUGAAAGAUGUGCUGAGUUGAAGAAAGCCUUAUGUACUGCUCAUGAGAAAUUCUGUUUCUGGCCAGACAGCCCAUGCCCAGAUCGCUUUGGAGUUUUACUAGUGGAUGAGCCUGUUGCCCUUCUUAAUGACUUCAUAGAUCGUUUUCAAAGCCUCUGUCACCUGGACCUCCAGCUGCCUUCACUGAAACCUGAUGACUUGAAAAAUAUGUGUCUGACUGAGGACAAGAUCAGCCUUCUUUUACACCUGAUUGAAGAUGAGCUUGAGCGCCGAACUGAUGGGGAGAAAGGAACUAAUGGGGAGAAAGGAACUGAUGGGGAGAAAGGAACUGAUGGGGAGAAAACUCCGGCCAAAUUGGGCUCAGACAUCCAAAUCCAUGUCACUGCCUGUAUUCUGGCUCUCUGUGGCUGGUCUUGUAGUUCUUCCAUGGAGCCUGUGCAACUUUCUCUAAUCGCAUGUUCACAUUGUUUGAGAAAAGUGGGGCUCUGGAGCUUCCAGCAGAUUGAGUCUGCCUUGGGUGAUCUGGAUGUUUCCUUUGGCCUGAUGAGCACCCCCAUUGCUGUCUCUGAUGGGCGAUCGGAGCGCUUUCCUUUGGCUUUAGUGUCUCCACGGAGAAUGAUGACACGCAGCCAGGAUGCCACAUUUUCCCCAAGCUCUGAACAAUCUGAAAAGAGUCCAGGUCUCGUCAUCUCCAGAACACGGAGUUGGGACUGCUCCAGUCCUAUUGAUCGUCCGGAGCCAGAGGCUGCUAGCCCCACCACCAGAAGCCGCCCAGUGACCCGCAGUAUGGGGCAAGGAGAUAGCACUGGGUUGGAGGUUCCAUCUAGUCCUCACCGGCGAGCCAAGCGGGCACGACUCUGUUCUUCUAGUAGUUCAGACACAUCUGCCAGAAGCAUUUUUGACCCUGUUUCCCAGCACCGAGACUGGUGCCCCUGGGUCAAUAGCACACAGAUGAAAGAAGCCAAAGAGGAGAAUGAGAAUGAGUUAGAUAUUUGCAGGGCAGCAGAGCCAGGCUGGAAGGCAGUGCUCCACAUCCUCCUGACCCACCAACAGUCUAACCUGUCAGGCGAUUCAGACUCAACGAAUCUGUCUGAGAAAUCAAGGAAAGUGUUCCGAAUAUUCCGGCAAUGGGAGUCCAUGUGUUCAUCUUGAAAACAUUCCAUCCCUUUCAUGGAGAGAAACAGAAAGAUAUUUAUGUCCCCUGGACAAGAAAAGCUGAUCCCUUUUGGGGUCAGUGAUGCUUAAUAGGGUUUUUUUACAAACUGAUUUAAUCAUAAGGAAAACCAACUGUUGUAAAAAGGAAUAAAUGUCACCGACAUCCAUAUGCCUAAGCAGACCUAUAUCUACUUGGUUGGAAAAUAGUAGGAUAUGACAGUCUUACAGGGACCUUAGUUUGGUUAAAAAAUACUACCGUUGUGAGUCUGUCCAGAAGAUCAACGAUAUGAUUACUCUUUGUCAUGCCCAGUGUUGGGAAGGGGGCCUAUAUUUUAAUGGUUCUUAAAUUCCGAAGCUUUUGAUAAAGUGUUGGGGUAAUAAAGAGUUACAUUGUGG